GGUCGAUAAAUACGUAAUUCUUGAUGACGCGGCGCGCACAGCCAACGAAAGGUAAUGGUUUGAACGUUAACACGGAUAGAGAUUUGAAGGGGGAAAGAAAGGCUUCUAUUGCGCGCCUCACAGUCGUGCUUUACUUUCCGUGAUCCCAGGAUUACGCGAUUCUCGCUUUAACUCGCGUGGGUGAUGCACUGAUCGCUUUGUGUUCUUACGAACAAUACGGAAUAACCAGAGAACCGGAGAACCAGAGAAACAGAAGAAAGACUGUAAAAGCCGGAAAGCAAAGAUGAGAGGACGAAUCAGCGUAUUUUGCGCCGCGAUGGUCGCUACGGUGAUGUUGUGCAGGUCCAGUGGACAAGUAUACGCGGGAACGGAUUGGCUGAGGGGUCUCCAUGAGAAUAUCGGGGCGCUGAAUAGAAACAUUCAGCACAAUGUAAUGCAACUGAAUCAACGGAUACAAGAAACCGUGCAAGCAAACUCAGCGCAGAUUCAUCGGGUAACGGAAAAACUGAAUGAAGAAUUAGCUCAUGGUCCAGCUUCGGUGCACAAAAUUGGAGGCAAUAACGUGAUUAUAUCUAACAACGAUGGAAUGAAGAUCGUUCAUUCUGGUCGCACCUCGGACGGAAAACCGUACGUUCGCGAGAGCACGGAUAAAAUCGUGGGCGACAUUCUUCGACACGUGGAAAGAAUUUACGACCCUACUAUGAAUACCUCAAAGGUGCUAGGCUACACGUUGGACUUGAAGGAUCCCGACGCGAAGCCUAUUCCGAUAAGCGAAUUUGCUUAAUCGACAGACAAUUGACGACCGAUGGAAAGAAAAGAUGAUUGCCGAUCGACAGAGACACCUAAUACAAUAUAUGUAAUUCUAUAUUUAAUUCCAAUACAAUAUAUUUUACAGUAGAACAUCGAUUAUGACGACACGUCGUUUGGACAAUCGAAUAAAUUUGUUUCCAUUCGAGAGAUCACUUUUUUUAAUUAUUCCAUAAAUAUGAAUAUUAAACGGAUCUUUCAAGACAUUUUUGAAUUGGAUACAUAUAGGACAAAUCGACAAGAGCACUUUUGUUAAUUUUGGCGUCACUUGAUGGUAAAGAUAAUUGGAAAGAGAACAACUGAUCAGGUUCAAUGAUAAUUCUUCUAAAAAUAGGCGGUGAAAUUUGAUAUGAAAUACAAUUUUUAUUGAUCCAUAUUCUAAUAAUCGAGGUUUUACAGUAUUUGCAGUAAUUCGAAAUCGCCCGCAACUAUGUAUGUAAAAGUACGAUAUGAAUAAAUAAAUGCAUGAACAAGA